UGGAUUAUUUAGCUCAACUGACAUUUAUCACUAUGGACCAAAAUCAUUGGAGUCAUCGCUCAUUCUUCCAUACUGCAAGGAUGGCAGACAAGAAAAAGAUUAUUAAUGAUAAAUACUUAAAUCCUAGUACCUAAGUCUUACUUACAUAUGAUGAUGAUGAUGAUGAUGAUAAUGUUCCACACAAUUUUUUGAAUAGGCUAUCUUAUUUUACAGUCACAAAUGGUUUUUUUGCAUAUUAGUCUUCACACUCAAACUUUUGUUUUCUGUUAUGCAAUAGGAACCAUUUGCACUUUCCAAAUAAUCUAUCUUGCAAACUCACUAUCAUUUGAUUACCCCUACUUUAAGAAUGGUGAUGUCAAUUGGGAAGGAGAUGCUUCUCCUUAUAAAGGAACUAUUCAAAUCACUUCCAACACGCUUGAUCAAAACAACAAUUAUAGUGUCGGUCGAGUCACGAGUUUUAAAGAGAUGCAUCUCUGGGAUUUGAAAUCUGGAAACCUUUCUGACUUCACCACCAAUUUUUCCUUUGUUGUUUUUUCUAACACGCAGAAUUAUGGAGAUGGAAUGGUAUUCUUCAUGGCGGAUCCAAAUCUUCCACUUUUGAAGAAUAUCAAACAAGGUGGUGGUCUUGGCCUUGUGGAUGGAGACCAAGUACUAGAAUCUACUCAACAUUCAUUUGUGGCAGUGGAGUUCGACACUUUCAAUAAUCCGUCGUGGGACCCUGCAGGUGAAGGCACUCAUGUUGGUUUGAAUUUCAACUCUAUGAGGUCUAAUAUUACUAAACCAUGGUUGGCAAAUAUUCUUAAAUGGAAAGUUUACAAUUGCAGCAUUGAGUACAAUUCCAACACUUUUAAUUUGAGUGUUUCAUUCACCAUGUAUGAUGAUGAUGAUGAUGAACCAGUUGAAGGGUACAUAUCACACAAGGUUGAUUUGAGAGAUUUAUUACCAGAGAGGGUUAUUGUUGGCUUCUCUGCUGCAACAGGGAGAUUGUACGAGGUGCAUACUCUUCGAUCAUGGUCAUUUCAUUCAAGUCUAUUAAGUGAUGAGACCAGAUAUCAGAUAAUGGCCCCAAUUCCCAGUCCUAUGAUUUCUGAAAGAGAUAACAAGAUAGGAUUGAAGGUAGGGCUUGGAAUUGGUACCGGAUUGGCUGUGAGUUUAUCAGGGCUAGUUUGUACUCUAUUAUGGAAGAGGUGUAGAGGAAGAAAAAAAGAGUUUGGUUUUGAUCUUGACAUGGAUGACGAAUUCCAAAAGGGCUCUGGACCCAAGAGGUUUUCCUACAAUAAACUAGUGAGUGCAACAAAUAAAUUUUCAGAGUCAGAUAAGGUGGGGCAAGGUGGUUUUGGUGGUGUAUACAAAGGUUACUUGAAAGGAAUGAACUCCUACGUUGCUAUCAAGAGGAUAUCAAGAGAGUCUAGACAGGGAAUACUAGAAUAUGCGACUGAAGUGAAGGUCAUAAGUCAACUGAGACACAGGAAUCUAGUACAACUUCUAGGUUGGUGCCACAAGAAGAAUGAUUUUCUUCUUAUAUAUGAGUUCAUGUCAAAUGGAAGCUUAGAUUCUCAUCUGUAUGGUAAGAAAAGCUUCCUGACAUGGACGGCGAGGUAUAACAUUGCAUUGGGCUUGGCUUCAGCAUUGCUUUAUUUACAGGAAGAAUGGGAGCAGUGUGUGCUUCACAGGGACAUUAAAUCAAGCAACAUUAUGUUGGAUUCAUGUUUCAAUACUAAGCUUGGUGAUUUUGGUUUAGCUAGGCUUGUGGAUCAUGAGAAAGGGUCACAAACCACACUUAUUGCUGGGACAAGGGGUUAUAUUGCCCCUGAAUAUUUCACAUCAGGAAAAGCUACUAAGGAAUCUGAUAUCUACAGCUUUGGGAUAGUGUUAUUGGAAAUCGUCACCGGAAGGAAAGCUAUUGAAAGAGAAGAAAAGGAAGGUCAAAUAAGUGUUGUUGAGUGGGUUUGGGAGCUUUAUGGAUUUGGAAAGUUCCUUGAAGCAGCUGACCCUAGGUUAGGUAGGGCAUUUGAUGAGCAGCAAUUGGAACGUUUGGUGAUAGUUGGCCUUUGGUGUGCUCAUCCAGAUUACGUAUUUAGGCCUUCUAUAAAACAAGUGAUUCAGGUGCUCAAGUUUGAGUCUUCUCUGCCAAUUCUCCCAGAAAAAAUGCCUGUGCCAACCUAUCUUCCUCCAACAAUAAAAGCGCUUUUUUCUUCAUUUUCGUCCACCUAUUGGACAAAUAGUUAGAAAUAGACAAAGUGUAACAGUCAUUGGAGCAAAAAAUGUAACUACUAUUUGCAACAUAUAUGUUCAAUUGCUUUUUUCUUGAGCAAAUAUGCAUACAAAUGACAAAUGUAUCUAUUACCCAAAAUCAUGUUA